GCGCGGGAGGCGCUGCGGCGCGAGCUGGGUGGGCUGGCGGCGGAGAACCGGCGCCUGCUGCGGGCGGUGGAGGUCAGCGCCGAGCGCUGCGCGCUGACGCGCGCGACGGCCAACGUGCAGAGCGACGUGGGGCAGCUGCUGCGGCUGGUGAGGGAUGUGAGAGAGGAGGUGUUGUGCCUGGGCGGCAGCGGCGGCGGCGGCGGGAGCAGCAGUGGGCCGGGCGACGCGGCCGAGCGCAGCUCCGGCGCCGCAGGUGGGGGUUCGCCGGGCGGGGCCUCAGCCCCUGCCGGCGGGCGGCUGAUGCGGCGCGGUAGCAUCGACGCGAGCCUGUGCGCAGCGGUGUGCGACGCUUUGGGGUGGGGCGGCGGGCUGGACGAGGCGCGACGCAGAGGCACGGCAGCAAACGGCAGCAAGCCUGCGGCGGCGGCGCCGCCGCCGCCGCCGGCGGUCAUUGAUGCAGACACGAGAGCAACGGCUCCCGGAGCGUGGCCUCAGGCAGCGGCGGACGCUCCGCCAAGCCUGCUGCCCGCCAGCAGCGACGAGGUCGAUUUCCCCAAGACCCCCGCAUCCCCGCCGGCGUCGGGCGCGCUCGCCUGCCCGUGA